GCCUGUAUGUUAGUUGGUGGCAGCGCGUCGUAGCGAGCGGAGGCCUACGCCGUAGCGUCGUAGCUCGUAGCGCGUAGCUCGUAGUAACGCCUACGACGGAACUCUACAGUGUCUGUUCAUUGGUUCAAGUGAAAAACUAUUUGGUGGUCUAACUUUUGUUUGAUCGUGUUUUGUUUUGCGAGUGACCUUUUAUGGAUAUACUUGUGUUUGAUUGUCUGAGGUUGCAAAAUGGGAGGGCACAAAGCGGGCUGGCAUCAGCUCUACCAUUGAUGGGAUAACUCAAUUUCGCGAUGUCUGAAAAGGGAAUAUUUGGUUUGCCGAUUUAAAACCAUCGUCGGUGGAUAUGUUGGAGGGGGUGAGGCGGGGGCGAUGACGCGCGGGAGGGGGGGCGCGCGCGGCAUGGCUCCGCCACUGUUCGCGGUCUUGCUGUGGCUUGGAGGAAGCGUGCUAGGUCUCCGCGACGUGCAGUUGUCAGUACCCGAGGCGGUGGGUCUCGGCGCCAGCGCCACUCUCGGCUGUCGCUGGGCGCUGGACACGGGCGAGACUCUCUACACCGUCAAGUGGUACCACGGCGCUCAGGAGUUCUUCAGAUUCGUGCCCAAAGAGCAUCCCAAUACCAGGGUGUUCUCGCAGACUGGAAUUAGUGUUGAUGUAUCAAGGUCGGGCGCACAGCAAGUCGUACUACGUGGUGCGACGUGGGCGCUCAGCGGGCGCUACCGCUGCGAGGUCUCCGCCGACGCACCGUUCUUCCACACGGUCUACAAGAGCGCUUAUAUGCGCGUUGUGGAGCUCCCUGACGCGCCGCCGGAGGUGAGAGCUCAGAAGAGUUGGUACUCGGCGGGAGACAUGCUGCGGGCCAACUGCAGCGCCGCGCCCGCCAACCCGCCCGCCAACAUCACCUGGCUGCUCAACGGCUUCCAGGUGAAAGGCUUGGACAUCCCGCAAGAGCCUCUGUAUCCUCAGAGAAGAAAGCCAGCGUUUACCGACGCGUCAUUAGAAGACGCCAAUCGGAUUAUAUUCAGUCCUUGGGACGCGAUAUCUGGGUUCGAAGAGCCAGUAACAGAAGUAGAUAUACCAGGGAGCGUGGACGCCCUGGGGGUGGACGACAGUGGGAAGGUGAAAGAGAGGGCGGAGCUCGAAAGGGCGGACUUGGUAGUCAGUAAAUUGAACAUUAGCUCAGAGGAAGAAAAGUCGAAUAAGUCGGCGUCGUUUAGUCAACUCGUGGUGAGGGUGCAAGCGGCGCAUUUUACAAAGGGUCGUCUGAACGUGACGUGCGUGGCGCGCGUGCUGUCGGCGUGGUCUGGCAGCGGGGUGCUGCUGCUGGACGAGGAGCGCCCGCAGAUAGCGCCCGUCAUGGGCAGCAGGGACUCCAACUCAGGGUUGCACAGCACGCGGUCGCAAACAGCCAUCUCGCUCGGCCUCAAUUUCAUUCUCUAUUUUCAUUGGUCUUUUCAACACCGAUGAUCGUCACAUUAGUGGUAAUUAUAAGUGGAAAUAAAGUAAACCUUCUUUCAUAUAAAUAAAAUCAGUGUUAGACACGUUGGUCGAGUGACGAGAAAUGUAAAUGAAAAACAAUAAGGAUGAAUACUUGAAUGGAAUGUUAUUGGGAUUUGUGAAUCAGACGUAGUGAUCGAUUUUUUACCUGUAAAUAAUUAGUUUUAUAAUAGAUGUAUUAGUAAAAGGAAAUAACUAGUAAUGUUUUGCUUGAUGAACUUUAUGAUGUACGUAUUGUUACUGAUGACGACAUAAGAUUCAUGAAAUAAAGGAAUUCUCUGUUUUUA